AUGGCGCCACCUGCGGGUGUGACAUUGAUUCGCUACCAGCCAUUGGAUCGCGGUGGCAAUGAGAUACGACUGUUGGAAGUUCGGCCAACUUCGACCAACGACAUCAACGAUCGCGUCGUGUGUCGUUUAGUACACGAGAGACCAAGUGAGUUGUCUGAAUUUAUCGGUCUCUCGUCACUCUACGGCGACAUUGCCGUUACCGAGCCCAUCCUGCUCAAUGGUUCUCAGAUUGCUAUCCCUGCGCACCUCGCGCAGGCUAUGCGCUACCUUCGAGGUGUCUUCUCUGGCGCUGCUGGCCAGCCAACACCCAGUUCAUCGACGACAGAUAUUCAUUGCGCAACACGAAUUGACGAGCCACGAACGCCCAAGAAGACUCCCAGCUGGCUCCGGUCCCUCCUCAAGAACGUGCGGCACAAGUUUGCCGACCCGCACGGCUCCAGCUCAUCCCCAGAUCGAACACCCCCAUUGCGUAUUUGGCUGGACCUCUUAUGUAUCAAUAGGCGGGAUGCUCGCGAGGAAUCGGAGCGGCGCUCACAAAUGGCUCGAGCCUACCGCCACGCGAAGAUGGUCGUUGGCUGGUUAGGGCCGAGGGACUCGACUUCCGAUCUCGCCAUUAACAUCAUCCAGGCGUGGGAUAAAUGCAUGCCUGCUUCAUUUGGCGAGCCUGGUGACCGUGAGGCUCACCCAGAGAACUACGCACCUAAGCUGCAAUGGAUGGGCCCUGUCGCACAUUUAAGCCAUAUUCCUGAAGAUAUUACCGACCCGCGAGACGUCCCAAGUUACAAAGCGAUCAGCGAUUUCCUCAACCGACCUUAUUUUCGAAACGCAUGGCUUCUCGACGAUAUGGCCAUGGCUCGGUUUCCGGCUUUUCUAUUGGGCGAUGACAUUGUGUCCUGGAUGCAGAUUUUACGACUUAAUCGCGUCAAUGAAGAAAUCAAGGACCACGGUGCUGAUAUGUUCCCUGACGACCUGCGACCGUUGCUCGACUAUCUGCCACUUGGGAGUGUGUACACCUUUUUAAAGGAUUUUGAUAGGCGCCUAAGAUUAGAGGGCAAUUCCCUAGAGAUAGUUUCAACAUCGAGCUCAUAG